AUGGAAGGACUCAUGAAGAAGUAUGGGAUCAUACACAAAGUAGCCACAACCUAUCACCCACAAACGAACAGCCAAGACGAGGUCUCCAAUUGGGAGAUGAAGCGCAUAUUGGAAAAGAUUGUAAAGCCUAAUAGAAAAGAUUGGAGUGCUAAGCUUACUGAUGUGCUUUGGGCCUACCAAACGGCGUACAAGACGCUAAUUGGCAUGAGCCCCUUUCGGUUGGUAUAUGGAAAAGCUUGCCACUUACCGGUGGAGGUAGAGCAUAAAGCAUAUUGGGCUGUCACGGAGUGCAAUCUAAGUUUGCCAGGGGGCGAAAUUGAGAGAAAGCUACAAUUAGUGGAAUUGGAGUGUUUGAGAUUAGAAGACUAUGAGAACUCUAGACUCUACAAGGAGAGGAUGAAAGCCGUGCAUGAUAAGAACAUAAGAAGAGGAGAAUUUAGAGCCGGCGAUCUAGUCCAUCUCUAUAAUUCAUGA